AUGAGCUUCUUUCACGCUGGCAAGAUUCGUGUAAUGUUGAUUGGCGGGGAAGGGAGGGAGCAUGCAAUCGUUUGGUCACUGAGCAAGUCCCCUAAGGUCGAUUUAAUCAUUUGUGCUCCUGGCAAUGGCGGUACGGCUCGCGGAUCAACCAAGAUUAAGAACUGCGACCCUGAUAUAAAGGCCACGGAUCUUACAGGACUGUUGGGGGUUGCUGAAACCCAUCGUGUGGAUCUCGUUGUUCCAUGUUCUGACUCAUCAAUCAUAUCCGGGGCAGUGGACUUCUUUGAAAUCCGGGGGUUUCGAGUUUUUGGACCUUCUAAGAAAGUAGCGAAGAUCGAAGGUUCCAAGAGGUGGGCGAAAGCCUUUAUGGAACGCCACAAGAUACCUACUGCAAGCUAUAAAAGCUUCUCAUCACCAUCUGAAGCUAGCUUGUUCCUGCAAAGCCAGCCAACAAGCAGACAUGUUGUGAAAGCAUCAGGUCUGGCAGCAGGAAAGGGUGUGUUUCUUUGUAACACGAAGGAGGAAGCCGAAGAUGCUGUUAACAAGUUCAUGGUUGAGCGUGUUUUCGGCGAAGCUGGAGAAGAAAUCGUCAUUGAGGAGUUCCUGGUUGGUCGUGAAUUGAGUGUCACCAUAAUCACGGAUGGAAAGGUAUGGAGGUUGUUCCCAGUCGGACAAGAUGCCCAGAGAAUAUAUGACGGAAACCUUGGACCUAAUACAGGCGAUCAUAAGUUCGUUGGGUUUAUCUGCACUGGAAUAAUGCAGGCUGUUGAUGGCCCAAAGCUCCUGGAAUAUAACGCCCGGUUUGGCGAUCCCGAGGCACAAGCCUUGUUUCCACUCUUAGACGAUGCCUCAGAUCUUGCAGAUAUAAUGAUAGCAUGUACCGAGGCGCAGCUGGAGCGAGUACACAUGGAGUUCCAGCCAAAGGCCGCCAUUUCGCUAGUAGUGGCCUCCAGUGGAUAUCCGGGGGCGUAUCGAGUAGGCGAGUUCAUCGACUUUGGAGCAUUGCCGCAAGAUGUGUUCGUCUUCCAUGCAGGCACCUCGUGGGCAGGAGAUCGCCUCGUGACUCAAGGUGGUAGGGUUUUGGCGGUGGUUUGCAUAGCCGAUUCCACAGAAGAAGCCAUCAAAGGAGCUUACAGCGGCGCCCGAGAGAUCAUUUUCAAGGGGAAAUAUCUAAGGACGGACAUCGGUCAAAUUCUCUCUUCGUGGUAA